CUUUGCUUCUACUUUUAGUAGAAGGUCACUGAACAAAGAAACGCAUCAAUCUCUUUUCGCUAGCCGUUGAGUGGCUGAACUUAAAUUUUCCUUUGUGGCAUUGUUCGACCUUGUUGCUUGCGCUGGUGCGUGCGCGGAUUUAGUGAGAGACAAAGAAAAGUGCGCAAUGCGAAUGAGUUCACUUCGGUGCGCUUUCGUCAGCACACUGACGCGAGGACAGGAGGGCACAUACAAGGAUCGGCUUCUUAAAGCGAAUCCUAGGGUUAGUGUGUGCAGUCCGAGUUUCAACCAGUAAGCCAUUGUUCUACGUCUAUAUCGGUGCUUACGCAAAACUGGAAUUCCAGAUUCAUCAGCAAAAGAAAAACAGGAAAUAAUAGGAGAAAAACGAACAACGUUGUAAACAGUGAUACAAGGAGGUCAAGAUGUUGAACCGCGUGGGCAGCUGGUUUGUCAAGAAGCUGGAUAAAGACGGUGAUGGGAAAGUUACCAUUGAUGAGGUGGAAGAGAUGGUGGAGGAUGCAAACAACCGCAUCCGAAAGACCAUCGCGCCGGUAGCACUACAGACGGAUGUCUCUGGAUGCUUGAAAAUUAUUUCACGCAACCAGCAACGCUGAUGAUCAUCGACACACAUAUUUCCAAGAAAAUAUUUUUGGUGACCGGUCGGAGAACAUCAUAUAUGCGUACGUUUCCAUGGAAAUACAACAGGUACAGGGUUUCCUACAGAAAUACCGUUGGACCGCCGAGUUAGGCGUUGGGUAUGUCGGCUGCUUCUACGGCGGCAACUUUUCGCAUUGUUUCCUCUGCGCCAGCGCCUUUCAAUCCGCGGAGGGCCAGGCGGUUGUGAAGAAUUUGAAGGAGUUGCAGCAGAUCACCAGGGUGAGUAGUACAGAGACAAUUAAUCUUGCGGUCUCCUCGUUUUUUCUUCGCGUAUCGCAGCAAUUAUGAAGCGCUCAAGUUGCUGCAUCUGCAUGCUAUGUAUAAUGAAUUAUCGGAAACGGAAUUCAACAUCUGAAUCGCCAAAAUAAACCCCCUCUAGGAAUCAACGAAGCGCUUUACUGAUUCCCUUGGCGCGGACGGUGCCAUUCUGGUGGCCGCUUCCAGCGGUUCCGCGAGCAAUGACGGCUCCCCAAGCGACGAUAGCGUGGAGAUUCCAUCCUCGACGUUCAUGGCAAUUUUGACCAGUGUGGAGCCAGACCGAAUCUCAAAGUGCGUGCGCAGCUGCUACACUGGUAGAAUACAACGUACUAGAAGUUGUGUUUGUGUUAUCAACGAUCUUUAUUGAAUCAAACCCUGAAGCUGAACAAGAUGUCACCAUGCAUCCAUUUCUCAAGUCCCUGGACGAGCACCUCCGAUGUAGAAAGCGUUUGACAAGAGAAGCGAAAGCUUACGAUGGUGACAUAGAUGUUCUCCAUACUGAUUAAGCGGAAGCGCUAGCUAGCAUGAGGCACUUCACGAACCGGAACUGGACCCUGAAACAAUUUCUACAGGUCUCCUCGUGGCGCUGUGCUCUGCAAUAAACGACAAUGCUGCAAAGCUGGGCUUGGGAUUGACGCUGGGAGACCGCAUUGCAACUUUUCUCAUCUCCAUUGCAGACCGAUUUAUGUCAGAGGUAAGAUGAACGUUGCGCGAGAAGUGAGUACUAUUUGAUAACAGUGCAGUGUCAGUGUCCAUGCCCAAGAUUGUCUGAAACUGCGCUCUGACUUCCGAUAGAUAAAGCAGUGACAUUUACGUUUUCCGAGCAGGUAACAACACCCUGGUAUUGUGGUUGAGCGAGACGAGUCAAACAACAAAUUGACCAUGAAAAAUUCAGGCGGAAGAGAAGAUUGCCCUGGAAGACGGCAGUGCGGCAAUCGAGGACAACGCCAACGAUGCCAACGCAGAUGAUUCCAAAGAAGGCAAAGCAGUCGUCCCGUUCAAUAAGAAGAAGGGAAAGAAAUCCCAGACACAGGCGCUCGCGUGGACGAAGUUGGCAAUCCGGGGAUGCGCGAGCCUAAGCGAGGGAAAAGAAUGUCUGGUCUCGGUGUUGAGAUAUGCAGUUUUGUAGUUCCCCUUCCCCGCAAGCAGCUGUGGUAGUGUGUAUGAUUUGUCUAGUAAGAACGCACCGCUUGCCGGUGCAGACACCUACGAGGUGCAAGAAUGCAUGAAAAGGCACAUGCGAACAAAACAAAACAAAUUUCGUAAAACCGGGUCAGGCACAACAUUUCGACUUUGAUUCCGGAGUUUGGGCGUCUACAUCUCCUGGAAAUUGAAAGACAUGGCUGCGGUAGUUUUUUUGUGAGGUUAUGACACCCUCCGCCUCCUGAGAAUCCCCUUGAUUUCCUUCCUCCAGAUGCUUCAUUUCAUUUUUUCUCUGGACUACUAGCUAGUAUUGCUUAUUGUUCUGACUACUCUUACUCUAGACGUUCAGAAACAAAUAAAACUAUCGAAACUCUACAGACCUGGUCUACGUGUCACUGGGGUGGAUGCAAGAUUGCGACCAGCUUCUUCGAGUUGAUGGCACACGAAGACGCCGCUUUGCAGGAAAUGCUCGGCUUUGGUAUUGGUGGUCUUGGCUUUGCCUAUCACUUGCGGCACUUUAACGGCCCCGAGCUACCGACAGUGCUGAAGCCAAUCCUGAUGCCGUUCACCUUCCUCGAAGCGUUUCUCCGUGGUAUCACCCUGGCUAACAACAGCUGAGGAGCUGGAGCUGCAAGGCGCAGGCGCCAUUGAUUAUUCUGAGUUCGAAAAAUUAUAGCGAAAUUAAUCUAGUGAAAGAAAUAGAAAGAUUGGAAUGUUGGUAACUAAUCCCUAUCCCAUAUUUUCCCUUCGUCUCUGUUAUCAGAGGUCGUUUUAAAGUGUGUUUUACAUUUGUAUGAAAAAGGUAACUGUUAUUGUUGUGGAGUGUUGAGAAGUUUCUCUACCCAUUGAAAAACCUGAUUGAAAAAGAUCGCCUUAUAAUAUAAGAUUGUUGAAAAUGGAGAUACCAUUGUCGGCAGUUACUGCCAAAAAAUAUUGUACGACUGCAUCGCACUCGAGUUUUACCUAACUUUGGUUUAGCUCGAUCUGGCGGGGAAACCCCACAGGCCCAUCCACGUAUGGAUAUGGUAAGGUAUGAUCCAGCGCACAAGCAUAAAUGAAACCGACCUCAUGUAAAAAAAUGUAUCAAACGCGAAGUUACAACGAAAUACAUGAUACAUCUUGUACUAAAUAACAAAAACACAGUUGUAGCAAUCUACUUCUAUCCCCUCGUACCCAACAUUUUCCCAAAAAUACGUCGGCUGAUGUAUGUGUCUUGCGACAAAGAGAAAGACCAAGAUGACUAAAAGAAUCAAUAGAAAACCAAGAUUGAUUUUGCAUUUCUACUGACCGGAAAAGGUAUAACAACAAAGUAAAGGAAACAACAAGAAAAUGAAAAGCGAAACAGCAAGGUCGAGGCGAAGUUGAAAGCCAAAGCUAUGACAAAGAGACAUAUGGUUUUGGCCGAGGUGAAGUUGUGUACGCCCACGAGGAGGGGAACAGAGAUGAAGCUGCACCAGCGCCAGACUACGUGACAGCAUUGUCCCCUCAUGUUCAGGAGCACGAG